CGCCGGAAGUGGAGAGGCACGGACGUAGUAACGUGAAUGUAUCGGUCUCCGCCGUCUCGAGUGAAGAUGCGGGUGUGCUGGUUGGUGAGACAGGACAACCAGCACCAGCGAAUCAAACUGCCCCAUUUGGAAGCAGUUGUGAUUGGGCGUGGCCCAGAGACCAAGAUCGCUGAUAAGAAAUGUUCUCGUCAACAAGUGCAAUUGAAAGCAGAGUGUAACAAGGGAUAUGUCAAGGUAAAGCAGGUAGGGGUCAAUCCCACCAGCAUUGACUCAGUCAUAAUUGGGAAGGACCAAGAGUUGAAGCUGCAGCCUGGCCAGGUUCUCCACAUGGUGAAUGAACUUUAUCCAUAUAUUGUAGAGUUUGAAGAAGAGGCAGAGUGCCCUGGCCUGGAAACACACAGGAAGAGAAAGAGAUCAGGCAACAGUGAUUCUAUAGAAAGGGAUGCUGCCCAGGAAGCUGAGCCUGGGACAGGGCUGAAACCUGGGAGCAGCCUGAGCCAAUGCUCUGUGCCCGCAAAGAAGGAGAAAGAUGCACCUACCAAAAAGGAAUCACUAGGCCAUUGGAGUCAAGGCUUGAAGAUAUCUAUGCAGGACCCCAAAAUGCAGGUUUACAAAGAUGAGCAUGUGGUGGUGAUUAAGGAUAAGUAUCCUAAGGCCCGUCAUCACUGGCUGGUCUUACCAUGGGCCUCCAUUUCCAGUCUGAAGGCUGUAACCAGGGAACACCUUGAACUCCUCAAACACAUGCACACUGUGGGAGAAAAGGUGAUUGCAGAUUUUGCUGGGUCCAGCAAACUCCGCUUCCGAAUGGGCUACCACGCCAUUCCUAGUAUGAGCCAUGUACACCUUCAUGUGAUCAGCCAGGAUUUUGAUUCUCCUUGCCUUAAAAACAAAAAACAUUGGAAUUCUUUCAAUACAGAAUACUUCCUAGAAUCACAAGCUGUGAUAGAGAUGGUACAAAAGGCUGGUAGAGUGACUGUCCGAGAUGGGAUGCCUGACCUCUUGAAGCUGCCCCUUCGUUGUCACGAGUGCCAGCAGUUGCUGCCUUCCAUUCCUCAGCUGAAAGAGCAUCUCAGGAAGCACUGGACAAAGUGAUUCUGCAGAGCCUGAACUUCUGCCUCAAGUGUGGCCGAUGGUUUGGAGCAAACUACUGGCACCUGUUGUGGGUUGCUUGUGAACUUUUACUCACUUCCUGAAUUAAAACUUGCAGCUUUUUUACAAAGCUUAUUCUGUUCUUGAGUGGCCACAGUGUAGGAUGACUUGAAAUAGUUCAGGAAUUAUCGACCUGUGUUUGUCAUGGAUGCAUUCUCUGGUGAGGGUGGCUGGGACAUGCCAGAUUCCCCAUCUCCAGGACCCGUGUCAGGUCUGACAAAUGGGAGCAAAGCCAUGGUCACUGUUGUCUAGUGCAGAAUAUAGAAGCAGAGAGCUGGUUAUAUGUUUCUGUUCCUUAUAUUUAUCCUCCCUCCCUGGAGGCCUGGGGCACCCUUUCAUCAGAGUAGCUAGAGUGGUCUCUUAUUUAUCCUGAAGGCACUAAUGGGUCUUGUUUUCUGAUCUUAGUCUGUUUUGUAAUGUUCAUCUUCCCUCCUUCAUGGGGAGGCUUACUUUCUCCCAUCCUUCCAUUCCUUUGUAUCCAAGAUCACCCACAUACUCCCUUCUCAGGAAGUCUAUCUCAUUUGUUUUUUUGCUGUUGGCAAAGAGGCUGGAUUAGGGGGUUAAUUAUGGGUAGAGUUUUAUUCUAAUCUCAGGGGUUCCUGGCUGGUGAAGAAACACUUGGCCAUAUGUUCAUCAUGGUUCAGCUGUAAGUCUUCUUCCUGGUCUGCUUGGACCUGUUGUAUGAAAAUAAAGUUUAUUUGUUUGAGGCAUCUCUCCUAAGUAGUUGAAGACUGUUGGAAGUUCAGCUGACAAUCACAGAGUAAGUUCUAAUGCAUGAAAAGAUAAUUGGUGAAUGAAAAAAGUUACAUAAAAUCAACUUUAUUUUUCCCUGACAACAAAUAUGGAU